AUGGCAUCGCAGGCUACAACUCUUCGAGGCUAUAACAUUAGAAAACGAGAUAAUGUAUUUGAACCAAAAUCAAGUGAAAACCUCAACAGCUUAAAUCAAAGCGAAGAAGAAGGGCAUAUUGGGAGAUGGCCACCUUUAGGUUAUGAAGCAGUAUCUGCCGAGCAAAAAUCGGCAGUUCAAUUGCGUGAAUCGCAAGCAGGAGCGUCAAUAAGCAACAAUAUGAAUUUUAAGGCGAAUGACAAGUCUUUUUCCACAUCUACUGCUGGAAGAAUGAGUCCGGAUACGAAUUCAUUACACCAUAUAUUACCUAAAAAUCAAGUUAAGAAUAAUGGACAAACAAUGGAUGCCAAUUGCAAUAAUAACGUAUCCAAUGAUGCUAAUGUUCCUGUUUGUAAGAACUGUUUAACCUCUACAACACCAUUAUGGAGAAGAGAUGAGCAUGGAGCUAUGCUUUGUAAUGCGUGUGGUCUCUUUUUAAAGCUUCAUGGGAAACCCAGGCCAAUUAGUUUGAAAACUGAUGUAAUAAAGUCUCGAAAUAGGAAAAGUAAUACAAAUCAUGCACAUAAUCUGGACAACUUUCGGAAUCAGACGCUGAUUGCAGAGCUUAAGGGUGAUUGUAAUAUAGAAUCAAGCGGUCGCAAAGCUAACAGAGUAACAUCUGAAGAUAAAAAGAAAAAAAGUUCGCAACUUUUAAUGGGAACAUCAUCUACUGCGAAGAUAUCCAAGAAGCCAAAAACGGAGUCUAAGGAAAGAAGCGAUUCUCACCUAUCAGCAACAAAAUUAGAGGUACUGAUGUCGGGAGAUUGUUCGAGACCAAACUUAAAGCCUAAACUGCCCAAACAAGAUACUGCUAUAUACCAAGAGAAGUUACUUACGUUCCCAAGUUAUACGGACGUUAAAGAGUAUUCAAAUUCUGCACACCAAUCUGCUUUUAUCAAAGAACGGUCGCAAUUCAACGCAGCCUCUUUCCCCCUCAAUGCUUCACAUUCAGUAACAUCAAAAACAGGCGCAGAUUCUCCUCAAUUACCUCACUUAUCAAUGCUGCUUGGAAGCUUGAGCAGUACUUCAAUAUCAAAUAACGGAAGUGAAAUAGUGUCCAAUUGCAAUAAUGGUAUUGCCUCUACCGCCGCAACUCUGGCACCCACUUCUUCACGGACGACUGACUCUAAUCCAUCCGAGGUACCGAAUCAAAUUAGAUCGACGAUGUCUUCCCCAGAUAUAAUAUCUGCUAAGCGUAACGACCCAGCCCCUUUAUCUUUCCACAUGGCUUCUAUUAACGACAUGCUUGAGACGAGAGAUCGUGCGAUUAGCAACGUGAAAACCGAGACGACACCGCCUCAUUUCAUACCGUUUCUACAAUCUUCUAAAGCUCCCUGUAUAUCCAAAGCAAAUUCACAAUCCAUCUCAAAUAGUGUUUCUAGUUCUGAUGUUUCUGGACGAAAAUUUGAAAAUCACCCAGCUAAAGAUUUAGGUGAUCAGUUAUCCACUAAAUUGCACAAAGAAGAAGAAAUUAUAAAGCUCAAAACUAGAAUAAAUGAGUUAGAACUUGUUACAGAUUUAUAUAGGAGACAUAUCAAUGAAUUAGACGGGAAAUGUCGAGCUCUUGAGGAACGUUUGCAAAGGACAGUAAAACAAGAAGGGAAUAAAGGAGGAUAG